CUUCCAUCACCUCCUUCAUACUGAAAUAAAGCUGCCAUGACGAGCCGCCUCAAGGAGUAUCGCUACUACCUCAGCAGCGGCGUGAGCACGGGCAUCAGCGUCAAGAUCUCUCUGGUAGAACUUGCGCCCGCUCUUGGAUGUUCCGUCAGCGGCGAUACACCCAAACGCGCUGUGUCAGAGGCACCACUGGCGGGGUUGGAGCAGCUAGCGGGCACGUCGUCUGAAGUACGCAACUCGCCUGUAAGCGAGAUCUUCCUGACCGCACAGGUGUUCUCCGAUGGGCUCCCACUGCAUCCCAUGGUCAUUAGUUCCAAGAGCCCCACCAAGUGCAGCAACUCGACCAUCUACUGGAACGAAUGGAUCUCCUUCCCUGUGCGCUACCGCGAUCUCUCACGUAAUUCGCUUCUGGCAAUUACCAUCUGGGGGGUGGGCUGGGUACCUAUCGGCGGCUCCACCAUCUCCUUCUUUACCAAGCAGGGCGUGCUGCGCGACGGCGUGCAGUGUCUCCGCAUCUGGGAAGGACGCGAGGCCGACUCGUCCCCCAACACCACCACACCCUCAGAAAUCGAUGAAGAAUGGGUACGACAGGAAUGUUUCCGACUGGACAAGCUCCGCGAGAAGUACGAGCGCAAGGAGAUCGCUCGCAACGAGUGGAUGGAUAGUGUCACAGACCGACGCAUUGCUCGUAUUCGACGAGGCAGUGAACCACCCACCAGGAAGGACGCACUGGGCCCUUUCUGCUCGUACCGUGAGGACGCCCUACUGUGGCUGGAGAUGCCAUACUUCGGAGAUGUGGUCGUGUACGAGGAAGAGCCGUAUUCACAGCGCAACUUGACGUCGUCGUACACUGCAGACAUGGGUCCUAGACGGAUGAAUUACGAGAACAACACUGCGUCGUCCUCGGCUCCGUCGUACGACUCGCACACGCUCAGUGGAUCGUAUGAUCUGGCCACUACAGGGUCUUCUGGAUCCAGAGAACUGCCGAGUCUCGUGACUGUGUGGGACCCCGACCUCAAUGAAGACAACCCGGCUGAGCGCAAGUACCGUCGUCUGGCUCGCGAUAUCCUUCGUGGAUCUAUUGACCCGAAUCUCAAACCCAGUCGCGACGAAAAGGCUCGGAUUGAGCUCUUGCUGGCUACGCCGACGGACAACUUGAAGAAUGAAGACAAGGAUUUGCUCUGGAAGUUCCGCUACACUCUGACCGACAACAAAAAGGCUGUGGUGAAAUUUUUACUGUCCGUGGAUUGGAAAGACGAACUGGAGGUCAAGCAAGCAACCGAUCUGCUGUCUCAGUGGUGCGAAAUUGAUAUCGCUGAUGCUCUGAAGCUACUGGGUCGCGAGAAGGAAUUCAAACACGAAAUUGUACGUCAUUUUGCUGUAUCAACUUUGGCCACAGCCAAGAACGAAGAUCUACAGGACUUCCUGCUGCAAUUGGUGCAGGCGUUGCGGUAUGAGAAGCCUGGCGCUCCCAUCACAUCUUCUCGCGGCGGAAUGAGUGUGGAUGAAAAUGGCAGUACGGACGGCUCGACGAGUGAACUGGGUCCUUUGGCUCGUUUCCUUAUUGCUCGCUCGAGCACGAAUUUCCAGAUGGCCAAUUUCUUUUACUGGUAUCUGAAAGUGGAGGCUGGCGACCAAACGAAUGACUCGGAGAUCUUCCACACAGUGUUAAACCAGAUGUUGACUGAAAUGAAGAGAGAUGAAGAAAAGAAACCAAUCUACGACAUGCUGAUGGCUCAACGUGACUUCAUGGGCCACAUAUUGGCAAUCCACAACAAGGCUCGUGAAGAAAAAGGAAGAAAGGAUCAAAAGGAGGAAAAAUUGCGACAGUUCCUCAAGCAGUUCCCGUGGCCUAAGGGUGCCGUGAUCUCUCUGCCUCUGGAUCCGACAGUUCACUUAAGUGGAGUUGUCGCCUCAUCGGCCAAGAUGUUCAAGAGCGCCAUGUACCCGGCCGUGAUCCAGUUCCAAACCGUGAUUUCUCCAAAUGAUCAGCAUCACCACGCAAUCACGGCUGAAGGCGAGAACCAUCACCCACCCAAUCUGAGUCAGUCGAUGUUUGGCGGAAGUGACUCCAUGAUGCGAGAAUCUCUGCCGACACGUAUGAUCAGCUACUUGCAUCGCGAAAAGGAAGGACCAAUGUACAAGUUUAUGGUGAAAAACGGUGAUGAUCUUCGUCAAGAUCAACUUAUCAUGCAAAUGUUCAUCCUUAUGGACCGAUUGCUGAAAAAAGUCAACCUGGACCUGAAAUUGACCCCGUAUCGGAUCUUGGCAACUGGUGCCAACGAUGGUUUGAUGGAGUUCGUGCAAGACUCGUACCCGGUGUCGUACGUGGUCUCCCACUUUGAGUCGCCCCAGAUCGUGGGCUUCUUACGGAAGCACAACCCAGACCCAAGUGCGGAGUUUGGAAUUGCGCCUGAAGCUCUGAGCACAUACGUGAAAUCAGUGGCUGGCUACUGUGUACUGACGUAUCUACUGGGAAUCGGUGAUCGUCACUUGGACAACCUGAUGAUGAAGGCUGAAGGCCACUUGUUCCACAUUGAUUUCGGUUUUGUCUUCGGCGCUGAUCCCAAGCCGUACCCGCCUCCGUUCAAGUUGACGAAGGAAAUGGUGGAAGGCAUGGGCGGCCCGACCAGUGAGCACUACCAGAAGUUCACAACGUACUGCUGCCAAGCGUACAACUGGCUGCGCAAGAGUGCGGAUCUGAUUCUGAACUUGCUCAGUCUGAUGGCCGACUCUGGCAUUGAAGAAUUGUCAGCGAAUCCUGCCACCACUUUGCUCAAGGUGGAGGAGAAGUUCCGUUUGGAUUUGACUGACGAGCAAGCAGAGCAGUUCUUCCUGGGUCUCAUCAACGACAGUGUGUCCGCUCUGUUCCCGCUGCUUGUGGACUGGAUCCACAAGGUUGCAACCAAGUUGAAGUAGGCGAGUCAAAAUCAUUCGUCCAUUUUCCACAUUACAUUAAUGUUUUCCUCCGUUUAGCUUGACAAAACUCCGUUCUACCGACAAGUAAUUCUUAGUAAUGAAUAACAUUCUUCAUAUGGUUGCCUUUCCACUACCAA